UGAUUGUGUGAGAGCCCUUGUUGAAGCAAAGGGUAACAAGCGGCUUGUGUAAGCAAAAAGGAGGAGCCUCGCUGCCUCUUCUUGGUCUCCUCAAGAGCGCCUUCGCUUAUCAUUCUCUUCUCCAUAAAAACCACUCCAAUUAAUCAUCUUUCUCUCUCUCUUUCUAGACAUCAUUCUUCCACCUCAGUGCUUCAGCAACUAUCUUGGAACAAUUAUUGCCACUUCCCACUCCACCUUUUUUCUUGUUUUAUAAACUUUUCUCACUCGUAAAAAAUGGCUGAAAUCCAAGCUGCCACCUUAUGGAUAGAGCUCUGUCAGACCAAGAUACGAAAUUGAAGCAGCCCUCUUCCACAUUGGCGUUUUGGGUGUCCAAAUCCGUCAAAUUCUUGAAAAGCAGAGCGAGAAGUUCCAGCACAAGGUACCAUUUUGAUGGAAUGGUAGUGAACAACUCUGUCUACUGUGAUUCGCCCAAUUACAUCGAGGAGAAGAUGUUGAAUGAAAAUGAGAAACAUACGUGUAGUAAAAUCGGAGAGUUGAAGGAUUUGAAUGAAGAAGAAAGCGGCGAAAGCAGUUCGAGUUCUGAUUUUUUGGCCUCUGAGGCCAAUCCGUGUGAUGAAAAUAGUAGCUCCGAAGACUCAUCUUCGCCGCCUCUAAAUUGCGAGGAAGUCGAGAGGCCCCAUUUAGACAAGAGGAAAUUAGUCAAACAAGGAUCGUGUGUUUCAGAGACUGAGAUGAUGAAAGAAAGAUUUGCAAAGCUGCUGCUGGGUGAAGACAUGUCUGGUUGUGGCAAUGGAGUUUGCACUGCUCUGGCUAUAUCAAAUGCUAUUACCAAUCUUUGCGCUACACUUUUUGGUCAGAUUUGGAGAUUAGAACCUCUGCAAGUCGAGAAGAAACUAAUGUGGCGAAGAGAAAUGGAUUGGAUUGUGUGUGUUAGUGAUCACAUUGUGGAAUUUGUGCCAUCUUGGCAGACAUUCCCCGACGGAACCAAACUCGAGGUCAUGACUUCCAGACCACGGGUGGAUCUGUACGUUAACCUCCCUGCAUUGCGCAAAUUGGACAAUAUGCUACUCGAGAUAUUGGAGAGUUUUGAGGGGUCAGAGUUCCGGUAUGUAUUAGCCCCAGAGGGUGGCGAUGGAGCCACCUCCUUCCGCAACCCUAACCAAGAACACAAAUGGUGGCUCCCCGUUCCUCGGGUCCCACCCGGUGGCCUCACCGAAGAUUCUAGAAGGAUGCUGCAGCACAGGCGCGACUCCACGAACCAGAUCCACAAAGCUGCAAUGGCUAUCAACAAUGCUGCCCUUGCUGAAAUGGAUGUACCUGAUUCAUAUCUAGAUUCUCUUCCAAAGAAUGGCAAGGCAAGCUUGGGAGAUGUGAUCCACAGGUACAUCAGCGCUGACCACUUCUCGCCCGAGUGUUUGCUGGCCUGCCUCGACCUCUCAUCCGAGCACCACGCCAUAGACGUCGCCAACAGAUUGGAGGCGGCCAUACACGUGUGGCGGAGGAAAAUGAGCUCAAAGCCUCUACACAGCAGCACACAGAGAUCAAAUUCAAGAUCAUCAUGGGAAAUGGUUAAGGAUCUUGUUAGUGACGCGGAUAGGCGUGAGGUGCUGGCGGGGAGGGCCGAGAGCCUUCUCCUCUGCUUGAAACUGAGGUUCCCUGGCCUGCCUCAGACCACACUAGACAUGUGCAAGAUCCAAUGCAACAAGGAUGUGGGAAAAUCCAUUUUGGAGAGCUACUCAAGAGUUCUCGAGAGCCUAGCAUUCAACAUUGUGGCGCGUAUAAAUGAUCUGCUGUACGUGGACGACUUGUCUAAGCAUUCGGAUCAGCUCAUCUCCAUCUCCAAAGUUGGUGUGAUCACUCACAAGAAUGUCGGGUAUAAGGCCACCUUUGCAGCUUCGCCGCUCAUCAGCACCCCUGCAAAGGGAUACAAGGAUAACAGCAAGAUCCCACUUGGUGGAUUUGGGGUGAAGAAGAUCUUGACAGAUUAUCUGAGCAUUGAUGGGAAAGGGAAGGAGAUGAUGGAGAGAUCGGAUUCGUUUUCGAGCACCACACGAGAGAAUUCUACAUCGCCGUCUCUUGAAUCUUUCUGAGGCAGCCCAUGACUUCUUUCCUGCCUUGCUUCUUUGACAGAGUUCAUAUUCCCUUUUUUUGUUAAUUUUGUGUAAAUUGCAUGCAAAAAGACUAGUGUUUUUGGAGUUAAAUUUAUUGCAUCAAGAUUUUCUUUCCACAAGCUGACAACUUCGAUAUACUAGCCAAGGAUAUGCUUAAUAAAUAGCAGCAUUUUUUUAAAA